UAGCAAUAAUAGCAGCAGCAGCAGCAGCGCGCGUUGGCUGGAAAAAAAGCAAAGCAAAGCAAAGCAAAGCAAAAAGCCGGCGCUUGCAAAAGCCGGGAAGGGGAGGGGGAGCAUUAAAUUAAAAUUUUUAAAAUAUCAGAAAAGAAAGGAAGAAGCGGCCGAGGAGUUGACCCGCCGAAGAGCGAGGCGAGCCACUGCGGUCUGGCUGGCCUCUGCAAAGGCGCCCGCAGCCCGCCUGGUGGAGCCGCGGAUUGGCUUCCGGAGAACUUCACAUUAAAAGCGAGCGAGCGAGCGACAGCAUCCAGCCAUUCCGCUCUCUUGAAAGCUAUUUUUUCAAUAGUUCCCCCCCCUCUGCUGCUCCACCGGAGACCCAGAGUUGGCCACACUUUGCAAAAGGACCAUGAGGCUUGCAAGCAAACUUUCCUCGCCUCUGCUGCGUUUCCGUCGGCGACCGGCAGCUCGGAGGAUGCUGAACGCCAGAUAAUCAUGGGGAGAGAGAAAAGGAGAAAGGCGAGGCUCCCGGGCGAAGGAUUGCAACGGCGGCGCCUUUGAUUCUCCCUCCCCCACCAGCUCUGCCUCCUUUCCCCCCGCCGGCUUCCCGCGGACCGCUCUGCCAAGAGCCUUCCGCGCUGGGUCCUUCGUUCUCUCCCUCCCACCCCCCCACCCCCAUCGAGGAAUAUCAGCCGCCAGCAACUCGUCCUUUGCACCGGGGAGAGGAGCGGUGGUGUUGCUGCCGCGAUCCGGCUUUGUCAGUGCCUCUCCCCCCCCCCUUCAGCCUGCGAUUUCGGGACGACAUUGCCUCCGCUUCCUCCUCUAGCGCUGCUCGGAGGUGCUCCGCGGGCUGCUCUCCAAGAAGAAGCCCGCUCUGCCUUCUGAUUUUGCCGGCCUGGCUCCUUUUCUCCUUCCCUACCCCGCGACCCCCCUUUCCCCAGCCCUCCCCAGCCAGGUCUCUUCGCCACUGUGACUUACGGUCGGGCAAGGAUCGUUCCUCUCUCGCCAACUAUUGGUGCCCCCCCGCCUCCCCCCACAUGCCUUAACCUUACUUCCCCCCCACAGCUUUCAUCCAGAUUCCCCCCCCCCCCGGCUGUCUCUUUGAUCACCUUGGCUGAGUGGAGGAGGGUUGCCCAGAGAGUCCACUUUCUGCAUAAAGGUCUGUGCAAUUUGGAAGGAGGGGGGGACGGGGGAAGGGAGUGGAAGUGAAAGAAAAGGGGGGGGGAAGAGAAGAGAAAGAGAUUUUCGCAUGCCAGGUGCAAGUGAAUCGAGGCCCCUCCUCAAUAUACAGACUGCACCUCGCAGGUCUGUGUGUGUCUGAUUUAUUUAUUUAUUUAUUUAUUUUUAAAAAAAAUUGAUAAUAGGGUUCCUUUUUCUGUAACUUAGAACUCUCUUUGACCUGGCUGAGUGGAAGAUCGCAUUUGAUUUUUCUCCUUUUCUGGGGUGGUGGUGAUUGGGGGUGUUGCUUGUACCAGGGCAGAGGAUGUGAGAUGUGUGGUGAGGAAGCAAGAAGCAAUUAGCUCUUCAAGUAGCCACAUCCAAAGACCCCCUCCCUUCCCCCACCCUGCCUCUCCUGAUUUGCUCCCUUCCUUUCUAUCCAUCUCUGAAACAUCCCCAAACUAGUAAACCCAGAUCCCUCCUUCUCUUUUUCUCUCUCCUCCAGCGGCAAAAUCAACAGGCAAACAGAGAGGAGGGGAGGAGGAGGAGGAGGAGGAGGAGGCUGUGGGUGCACCAAGCCGUGAGCUAUGGAUAUUCUGUGCCCCGUGCUCCAGUUUCUGCUCGUUCUCUUGUGGACUAGGGCAGGCGCCCUGAUCAACCUGAAGUACUCGGUGGAGGAGGAGCAGAGAGCCGGCACCGUCAUUGCCAACAUAGCCAAAGAUGCCAGAGAUGCGGGCUUUGUGCUGGAUCCCCGACAACCCACCGCUUUCCGUGUGGUCUCUAACUCUGCGCCACACCUGGUGGACAUCAACCCUGGGUCAGGGUUACUGGUGACCAAGCAGAAGAUUGACCGGGACCUCCUUUGCAGGCAAAGUCCCAAGUGUGUGAUUUCAUUGGAGGUCAUGUCCAGCUCCAUGGAGAUCUGUGUUAUUAAGCUGGAGAUCAAAGACCUCAAUGACAACGCACCCAGCUUCCCCACGGACCAAAUUGCACUGGAAAUCUCUGAGACAGCCAGCCCAGGGACCAGGGUACCUCUGGAGAGUGCCUAUGAUCCUGACUCGGGCAGCUUUGGGGUGCAGAGCUAUGAGAUCACACCCAAUGAUCUCUUUGGGUUGGAGACCAAGAUGCGUGGAGAUGGCUCCCGUUUUGCUGAGCUGGUAGUGGAGAAGAGCUUGGAUCGUGAGACCCAGUCUCAUUACAGUUAUAUGAUCACAGCUUUGGAUGGGGGUGACCCACCCAAUUUUGGCACUGUGGAGUUGAACAUCAGGGUCAUUGACUCCAAUGACAACAACCCUCUCUUUGAAGAGCCAGCCUACACAGUUAGCGUGCCAGAGAAUGCUCCCCCUGGCACACCUGUUAUCCGCCUCAAUGCCACAGACCCUGAUGAGGGCACCAAUGGGCAAGUCUUGUAUUCCAUCCACAGCUUUGUAUCUGAAAAGGCCAGGGACCUCUUCCAAAUCAACCCUCAGACAGGCCUGAUCACGGUCAGCGGUGCGAUUGACUAUGAGGAAGGACAUUCCUAUGAACUGGAUGUGCAGGCCAAAGAUCUUGGCCCCAAUUCUAUUCCUGCCCAUUGCAAAGUGACUGUCACUGUGCAGGAUGCAAAUGACAACCCCCCUCUCAUUAACUUGCUCUCUGUCAACAGCGAGCUGGUGGAGGUCAGUGAGAACGCGCCCCCAGGCUAUGUGAUUGCCUUGGUGAGAGUAUCCGACCGCGACUCCGGUGCCAAUGGCCGGGUGCAGUGCAAGCUGUUGGGCAACGUGCCCUUCCGCCUGCAAGAGUAUGAGAGCUUCUCCACCAUCCUGGUGGAUGGACGUUUGGACAGGGAGCAGAGGGACCAGUACAACCUCACCAUCCAGGCUAAGGACAAUGGGAUCCCCGCUUUGCAGGCCACCAAGUCCUUCACCGUCAAGAUCACAGACGAGAACGACAACCACCCUCAUUUUUCCAAGCCUUACUACCAGGUCAUUGUGCAGGAGAACAACACUCCUGGGGCCUACCUCCUUUCUGUUUCUGCCAGGGACCCUGAUUUAGGCCUUAAUGGCAGCGUCUCAUAUCAGAUUGUGCCAUCCCAAGUAAGGGACAUGCCUGUCUUCACCUACGUCUCCAUCAAUCCCAACUCGGGAGACAUCUAUGCCUUGAGAUCCUUCAAUCACGAGCAAACCAAGUCUUUUGAGUUCAAGGUCUUGGCCAAAGAUGGAGGCAACCCCUCCUUGCAAAGCAACGCCACCAUCCGAGUGAUCGUUUUGGAUGUCAAUGACAACACCCCUGUGAUCACUGCCCCUCCUCUAGUCAAUGGUACCGCAGAAGUUUACAUCCCCAGGAAUGCUGGGGUCGGCUACUUGGUGACGGUGGUCAAGGCGGAUGACUACGAUGAAGGGGAGAACGGGAGGCUUUCCUAUGAGAUGGCAGAAGGAGACAGAGGAUUUUUUGAGAUAGACCAGGUCAAUGGUGAAAUCAGGACCACCAGAGCCUUUGGGGAGAAUUCAAAGACUACCUAUGAGCUGAUUGUGGUGGCCCACGAUCAUGGGAAAACCUCUCUUUCGGCUUCUGCCUUGAUUUUGAUAUAUCUUUCUCCAGCGCUGGAUGCCCAGGAAUCCAUAGGAUCUGUUAACUUGUCCCUGAUUUUUAUUAUUGCUCUGGGUUCCAUUGCUGCCAUUCUGUUUGUCACCAUGAUCUUUGUGGCAGUCAAGUGUAAACGGGAUAACAAAGAAAUCAGGACAUACAAUUGCAGAAUUGCAGAGUACUCCUAUGGGCACCAAAAGAAAUCGAACAAGAAGAAAAAAAUCAGCAAGAAUGACAUCCGCCUGGUGCCGCGGGAUGUAGAGGAGACCGAUAAAAUGAACGUUGUGAGUUGCUCUUCCCUCACAUCGUCCCUGAACUACUUUGACUAUCACCAGCAGACCUUGCCUCUGGGUUGCCGCCGAUCUGAAAGCACCUUCCUCAAUGUCGAGAACCAAAACAACAGGAACACGGGGUCUAACCAUAUCUACCACCACACCUUCACCGGUCAGAGUCCCCAGCAGCCAGAUCUCAUCAUCAACGGGAUGCCGCUUCCAGAGACUGAAAACUACUCAUUUGAUUCCAACUAUGUGAACAGCAGAGCUCAUUUAAUAAAAAGCAGUUCAACAUUCAAAGAUUUGGAGGGGAACAGCCUGAAGGACAGCGGGCACGAAGAGAGUGACCAGACAGACAGCGAGCAUGAUGUCCAACGUGGCCUGUACUGUGACACUGCUGUUAAUGACAUUUUGAAUACCAGCGUCACCUCCAUGGGGUCUCAGGUGCCCGAACAAGAUCAGAGUGAAGGAUUUCAUUGUCAGGAAGAGUGUCGUAUCCUUGGCCAUUCUGACCGAUGCUGGAUGCCCCGGAACCCUGUCCCUAGCCGAGCAAAAUCUCCCGAGCAUGGAAGGAAUGUCAUGUCUCUCUCUAUAGAAGCUACCACUGUGGAUACAGAGCUUUACGAAGACUGUAGCGCAAAAAGAACUUUUGCGACAUUUGGCAAAGAUGGGAGUGAGCCUGUCUCUGAGGAGCGGGGCCCAGUCAACCCGAAAGGUAAAAGAACAGUAGAUCCGCCUGUCUGUAGCCCAAAGGUAAAUGGUGCAGUCCGGGAGGCGGGGAAUGGUUGUGAAGCCAUCAGCCCCAUCACGUCGCCCAUCCACUUGAAGAGCCCCUUGUCUAGCAAACCGUCAGUGUCCUACAACAUAAUGCACUGCCCAGGAAGUCGUGACCUGGAGCCAUUUGUAAACAAUGGCCCUUCUCGGCCCACGGAGGCAGAGCCGAGGGGUGCAGACAGUGCAAAUAUCAUGCAUGAGAUUAACCCUCUUCUGCAAGAAUGUAGAGAGGACUCACCUGGCAUGAAGAGGCUAAAAGACAUAGUACUCUAAGCGGUGCUGUAAAGGAAGGAGAAUGACAGUACGGAAUGGAACGUGUGUAUUCUUUUUAAUGGCUUGCUGACGGUUCACAAAUUCGCUGUAUUUAAAAGCUUUCCCUAAAUGUAUUGUUUAUAUAUAUAAAAAUGAAGCUAUUGUUAAUGUGACAAUCCCACUUGGUUCAACAGGCAGCAGGGGUGUUUGUCUAAACAAAAGUAGUACCAUUCUUCAGUCCCCCCUCCUCAAACAGCAGAGGUGGUGGCAUACUGGCAUUUCGGUCAAUGGAAGUAUUAUCUAUGAAGUAUUUUGAAAUGAUAUAUUUUUGUAGCUCAAGAACUCUAAAUGAAGAAUGAAAUCUAAAAAAAACAAAAAUGAAAAAAAAAAAACCCCACCCCACACCUCCAUUUGGGAUAAUCUCUAAUACUCUCCUUGUCAUGUCUGACUUAGGCAAUGGGGUGCUUAUUUCUCAUGGUGCGAGAGCAUACUGGGGAUAUGGUUGCCCUGAUUUGGCAGUUUUGGUGCACUUGUGGAAGCUCUGAUGCGUAAGAUGGGGCCACUCUAGUGUGCUCAGUGCUGGAGGAAGCUCUGGGUUCAUUAUCUCCAGUUGUACAUCUGAGCCCUAUGGAGCUAUGAGCUGCAGCCAGUGUGUUUUCUGACUCAUCCUGCACGCAGAGCCCAGUUUGUACUUUUGAGAUGUUGCUCUUUUGCUGUGAACACCCCUGCCUUUGGAAACCUUUAGCUGCCACAUGCUUCUCUGUACUAUUCUUGUAUUUGAUAUUGCAAAUUCCUGUAUGUCUAGUGAUGGAAAAGACUUUCAAGUUUACUGUUUUCGUUUUCUUUUCUACAAACAAACAAACAAACAAUCUAAGACUCGGGGAAACUGCAAAAUUUAGAGCCAGUCUUGUCACACUCCUCGUCAUUUUGCCAGAUGAUUCUCCUACAUUCUUUCUCCACCAGCGUGUGACGUUUCUUCCCCAGGUCUUUUAAGGGUUAUUUCUAGCAUCUCAUUUGCAAUUGUUAGAUGCACUGUCUUGAAAUUUUUAUGAGAUCAAUUUCUUUCCCUUCACCCUUUUCUUGCAGUCUCAAGGAACAAUGUGACAUUAUUUCUCCAAAACUUGGUUGUUGGUUUCCAGCUAUGAGUCUUCCUUAUUUUUUUUUAUUUAUCAAUUGAAUGACUUUGAAGCCUAUUUUAUGUGUGUGAUGGGCCGCAGGUUAAAUCAUUACCCAUGUGAGCAUUCAGUUCAUAUUUCCAUAAUGUUUAAAUGCACUUAGCACAUGCAUCAUCCCAUCUGCUGCAGAGUUGGCAUGACAGCCAUCAGUGGCCUAGGCAGUUAUAUUGCUGGCAUCUUAACAUUGCGUGGGAACAGGCCAGUGAAUGUGGUAUGUCCAAUUAAAUGUGACAACAUGUCGUGCUUACAUGGGUAACUGCCUUGAGGUUUACUGUGCUGAGGCCCUGUUUAUAUAUCUCUUUAAGUUACCAUUUUGCAUAAAUCUGUUGUUCCUAAACCAGCUUUUUUCUAAUCCUAAUCACAUGGGCAUGGCUCAGCUGACCAUUCACUUUCCUGGGAUGGUCUAUACUUCAGGUGGAUGAGGUCUGAAUUGUUUUAUUGCAAGCAUAAACUAUAACUGCAUGUAGGAAGUUUGCGAUAGCUCCAGAAAUUGUGGCCCUUGCUCAUUCAUGACAACUACAAUUUUUUCUAAAAUUUUGAUAUAUGAAGUACUCUUCCUCCCUACCCUCCUCCCUGGGCAUUAAAUUGGACUUACAUUUUUUUGUUUAGGGCCCCAAAGGUUUACUUUUAGUGUGUGUAAAAGGAAGAAAACAGGAUGUCACCCAUUUUAAUUAGCAUUAGUAAGAAUCCCUCCUCUAGAAGUGCCUCCUGAUUGGAAGCAAGGAAGCACGGGGGAGAGAGUCCCCCAGAGACUCAACGGUGAACCUUCUAGGAAGGAACAGGAUUGUGUUUUCUGCCUGUAUUGGCAGUGACUGAUUGAUCUAAUCAUGCCUGUGGCAAAGGCAUGGCACAAUUAUCUGUCCCCAGGAGAAACUGGUUAGAAGGAUAUUGGAGGAAGUUCGUUCAGUACAGCAUGCAGAGACACAGCAGAGGAGCCUCCUCCAUGUCUGGAUGGGUACUGUCAUGGCACAUCACAGUGUGUUCAGCACACCGUCUUGGAUUUUCUAAACUUUUCAGAUAGCCCAUUUAUUGUGAGUCAGGCCAAGGGCA